AUGUACAAUAUUGAGUGGACUGGUAGAGAAAAGGUCGGAGGAAUCGAGGUGAUGGUGAGACUAAGACUACCACGACUGACUCGUAAGCGUGCAUCUAGCACAUGGAAGGUUAAAAUGUUCGAGCUCCGAGCCGUUACUGUUCAUUGGCUUAUAGGGCUUCAACAGAUCUCGACAGAUGGAAUUGGAUUGGGCCUUUUUCUUGGUAAUAUUACCCUUUGCGUUACCGCUUGUUUGAACAUUGGUAGGGACCGCUAUGCUUUUGAAAGACGGUGUACAGUUGCAGUUGCACAGCUGAUUAAUCAACGGCAGCCAAGCAUGAGAGAAAGCCGUUGUAACUCAUCAGUUCAGCAAGCAUUGAAUACCGAUUGGUUCUGGUAG